AUGCCUGCCUCGGACACGGACGAUCUUGAUGAAGUGUACGAGAUUGAGGAAGAGUUCGAUAUUUCUCUAAGUCCUACCGGAGACGAGGGGAGUUCAUUCCGAACUGCGAACGAUCCAGCCUCACUGUACCAGCGACAGAAUGUCACUGAGCGCAAAGGUGCAGUUGACGUUCGUUGCCAAGUCGUGGAUGUGGUUCACGGCCUCCCUCAUCCCGAAGCUGAGGUUUUCGCGACUCUGAUCGUCCUUAGAUUUUCAUUCAGCAGUCGCAAGGCCGGGCGAAGGAUCUUGGAAGUGCAAACUUCCUUAGAAUUUGCGGGCUGCAAGGCUGGUGCCGCGUGCCCGGAAGUCAUCAACAUCGCCCCGUACGGAGAUAUGGUUCUCGUCCAGACAUCUCAGAAAGAAGACGAGAAGCUCAGUCUUGGAGGAAAUAUCGGGGCGCCGCCUCUCCUCGGCGUUCAGGCUGGUGUCAAUCUGGCCUGGGACAAGAGCGUCAGCCGUGAGACUACCGAUGCCACCAAGCUGAUCGGCUCGAUGGACUUGAUCGGCAGGAACUACGGGAAUGCGAACAGUGCGUCCUGGUCAUUGGUCGAGAACAGAACCACCAAGACAGGCGUUCCCACAUCAAUGACCGCAUCGAUCUUGUUGAACAGAGAGGAUAACAGCCCCUUCAAGUGCAUCUUCAAACUUCAUGCGACCGUCGAUUGGAUGAGUUCUAUCGAAAAAUUGGUCGGAUCCAGAUCGAGAGACGAUCCUGUGUUAUUCGACCCACGCAUUAAACCGACCAAUCGGCUUCAAGUUUAUGAUCAUGAGGCCUUGGAUUCGGUUAAUCUUGAACGUUUGGCAAACGUUACCUUCAUGACGGUUCAGGACAACGCAGUCAAGCAUAUAUAA